AUGAAGUCCAUCACAACCACAGCAACCACCCUCCUGGCCCUGGCCUCGAGCGCCGCGGCAAACACCUGGACCCUCUACUGCGGCGACUCAUGCAGCGACGGCACCGCCAUAACGUCGGGGGCCAACUUCACGGGGUCCUCAUGCACGAACCUGACCUCCGAGUACGAGUACUGCUAUCUCUCCGCCGACAAGGCCUGGCACUACGCCGUCGUCUUCCAGACUGAAGACUGCGUGGUCAGCAGCGACGCGCCCGCGACGGUACUCCAGGCCGGCGAGUGCACAGAUUCCGGGGCAUUUGAGUCCUGCAUGGUUGUGGUAGAUGUGUAA